UGUCUUUGACCGAAUUCCUCCCCUCUUCUGCUUCUGAUCACCACAUCAACGCUCUCAACCGAAAGGGCUAACGCCAUGAAGCCCUCGUCCUCUUUCAUUUGCCUGGCUGUCCUGGCGUCACCUGCCUGGACCGCUCCCAUCGAAGCGCACGCUGGCAAUCGAGCUAGCUCACUCCAUGAGCGUCAGACGAAUAAGCCAAUGGUGCCCGACGCCGUCCAGGUUGCAGCUCGAGACGGAGACCGGAGGCCCGUGAGCGAAUCUCGCUACGCAAAUGCCCUCAAAAAGAUGGGGGAGAAGAUGUGGAGAAAUCCGCUGAAGACGGGCUUGUGAGUUAGGUUCACUUCGGAAUGCUGAAGCGUGCCUACCAGCAGUCUGUGCUCUCAGGUCAACUUCCUGUCGAGCUCGUAAUGGCUGACUUGAGAC